CCUGAAGCGCGGGGCAGGAAGUUAGCUCUAGAGUGCUGUGGCGCGAGUGCUGUCUGCUGCCCUGGUGGCGGCGCGACCUGGAGGCGGGUCCGCGGACUGGCUGUUCGGUCCGGCCGCGGCUCGGGGCCCUUCCUAUCGUAGCACCACGGCCCCCUCCUUCAGCCCCGAGCCUGACGCGGCCGCCCGGGGGGCUCCUGCCGGCUGCUUGACGCCGCUCCACGGGGCGCCUACCUGGGCGUCGCCUGGACCUCCAGCCAGGGAACUGGCUCCCGGCUUCAGUGAGAAGCUGUCUUGUCACCCCGCGCCCUGUCCCCCUCCCUGAGCCAUCGGCACCCCGGUCCAGAGCGACAGCCUGGGACCUGGGACCAGUCGGAUCCAAGACGCUCAGCCCCGGCCCCCCCCAGACCGGACUCUGCAUCGUAUCAGAUAUGUCACCCACCAUUUCCCACAAGGACAACAGUCGGCAGCGACGGCCGGGGACGUUCAACCACUCCUUGGACUUGAAGAGCGGGCCUCAGCCGCAGGGCGACUGGGAUGACCGUCCUCUGGACUUUGUGGGCGGGGAAGGGGACAGAGAAGCCCUUCUGCGGGAUGCCACGGGUGACUUUCCUAAAGCCCCUCGGAGCUGCCGAGCGGAAUUAAGCAGCAUUUUGCUGUUGCUUUUUCUUUAUGUGCUUCAGGGCAUUCCCCUCGGCCUGGCGGGAAGCAUCCCACUCAUUUUGCAGAGCAAAAAUGUUAGCUAUACGGACCAAGCUUUCUUCAGUUUUGUCUUCUGGCCCUUCAGUCUCAAGUUGCUCUGGGCCCCACUGGUUGAUGCCGUUUACUUUAGGAGCUUCGGUCGUCGCAAAUCUUGGCUGGUGCCUACACAGUAUAUACUGGGACUCUUCAUGAUCUAUUUAUCCACCCAGGUGGACCACAUGCUCGGAAAUACUGAUGGCACAGCCCCCGACGUGGUGGCUCUCACUGUGACUUUCUUUUUGUUUGAAUUCCUGGCUGCCACUCAGGACGUCGCAGUGGAUGGCUGGGCGUUAACUAUGUUAUCCCGGGAAAACGUGGGUUAUGCUUCUACUUGUAAUUCAGUGGGCCAAACAGCGGGCUACUUUUUGGGCAAUGUUUUGUUUUUGGCCCUAGAAUCUGCAGACUUUUGUAACAAAUACUUGCGGUUCCAGCCUCAACCCAGGGGAAUCGUUACUCUUUCAGAUUUCCUUUUUUUCUGGGGAGCUGUAUUUUUAAUAACAACAACUUUAGUUGCCCUUCUGAAAAAAGAAAACAAAGAAGUAUCAGGAAAAGAAGAAACUCAAGGGAUCACAGAUACAUACAAGCUGCUUUUUGAAAUUAUAAAAAUGCCAGCAGUUCUGACAUUUUGCCUUCUGAUUCUAACAGCAAAGAUUGGUUUUUCAGCAGCAGAUGCAGUAACAGGACUGAAAUUGAUCGAAGAGGGAGUACCCAAAGAACAUUUAGCCUUAUUGGCAGUUCCAAUGGUUCCUUUGCAGAUAAUACUGCCUCUGAUUAUAAGCAAAUACACUGCAGGUCCCCAGCCACUAAAUGUGUUUUACAAAGCCAUGCCCUAUAGAUUAUUGCUUGGAUUAGAGUAUGCAUUGCUGGUUUGGUGGACUCCUAAAGUAGAACAUCAAGGCGGAUUCCCUAUAUAUUACUAUGUUACAGUGCUGUUGAGUUACGCAUUACAUCAGGUUACAUUGUACAGCAUGUAUGUUUCUGUAAUGGCUUUCAAUGCAAAGGUUAGUGAUCCACUCAUCGGAGGAACAUAUAUGACCCUUCUAAAUACCGUUUCCAAUCUGGGAGGAAACUGGCCUUCUACAGUAGCUCUUUGGUUGGUAGAUCCCCUCACAGUGAAAGAAUGUGUAGGAGCAUCAAAUCAGAAUUGUGGAACACCUGAUGCUGUUGAGCUUUGCAAAAAGCUUGGUGGCUCAUGUGUUACGGCAUUGGAUGGUUAUUACGUGGAGUCCAUUAUUUGUGUUUUUAUUGGAUUUGCUUGGUGGUUCUUUCUUGGUCCAAAAUUUAAAAAGUUACAGGAUGAAGGACCAUCUUCAUGGAAGUGUAAAAGGAGCAAUUAAUCCAUUCACUACUGGACAUUCUAGAAAGGUAACUAUAGUUUUAAUUCAGAGAGCUAUGAUAAUCCAUGCACAUAAGCAUAAAACAUUAUUUUAAAAAGGAGAUUAUUAAUAUAAAAUGCCAAAUGGUUGAAAAUUAAGGCCUUUCUGUAUAUUUGAUCAUAUUUUUCCUUGUCUUGAUGUAUUGAAAAUUCACUGAAGGUCAAGAAAUUGGUUCAAAAACAACUUUCCUGAUCUUGUUAUUUGAUUUAUUAUCUUUUUAAUAUAUUGACCAAAGCAUGUUUUAAGCCAUAGUAUAGUAGUCAUGGGUGGUAAUCAUGCAGUCAAGUAUUGCUAUUAGUACCUAUCAUUGAGCUGUAUUUACAUUUUUUGUAAAAUAUAUUAAAUGGAACAGCACUUGAUAUCAAGGUACUAACUAUAGCUAGUUUGACCUUAUCAACAGUUAAAUAUUAUUUUGAAUAGCAAAUUGGUUAAAUAUGUGGAAUUCGCUAAGAAAAGAAUGGAAACUUCUGAAAUGCCAUGUUGAUAUUAUUUUUUCUGACCUUAAUCUCAUUGUACUAAUGAAUCUGUGUUAAAAAUACUAUUUUAAAUGUAUUUCCUGUUUUUGUAAGCGUUAAAGAUUUAUAAGAAGAUUAUUCAAGCUAUUUUUUUAUAAAAUGAAAUCUAUGAUUUUUAAUUUAUUGAUUCCUCUACUCCCCUUUUUUGGGAAGAGAUUUUGAUUCCUAGUUAAUUUAUGCCCUAAAACUUACUUAUGUUUUUUUUUUUGGUGGGGGGGGCGUCGUAAGUGCUUCAUGGCACAUAGCUCAUGAGGGGAUCAAAUUUAGUGUUGUAUGUAUGUUCAUGGCAAAGUGUUGAAAAUAAAAAUUAAACAUUUUUCUUCACAUAGUUUUUUUUUUUUAUUACUGAGAGGAAAAAAAAUCAGUAAGCUUCCUGAUUAAGUACAACUUAAAUAGGUACUACAGUUUUAAAAACUAAUUCUUUAAGGAGAAAGACAGACAUUCUGUGCCUUUGACAAACUAAAUCGUGGCAGAAGAAUGUUUCUUAAUUACGCACUUUACUAGUGAGAAAAGAUCUCACAAUUAAUUACCUUAUACCAAACCAGGUACUGUAUUUCCACUUACUAAAGCACAGGCUUCUGUUUGUGAACUGUAAUUUUCAUUGGAGGAUUGGUAUCCAAGGAGAAUUAAGCUUUUGAAAGUACUUUGAUUUCCAACACAUAUCUACUCUCCCCCCAGUAAUAAGGUUCUUUGCACAUUUUGUGGCAUGUAUUACUCUUCAGAAAUUAUAUAAAUACUACAAGAGUUGGCAGGGGGGUGGGAGAUUGAGUCUUAAUAAUUUUGUCUGUGGGAAAAUAUAUACUAACUCCUGACUUUAUUAAUUUUAUAAUAUAGGUUGAAUUUUAGAAUGGGUUUUUAUAAGUUAUGGAGGAUAAAAUGGGUGGGAGAAAAUGGCACUCAGCAUCUGAAGAGAAAUAGAGACAGUGACCUCUAGAACUCAUGCAUUGCCAUGGGGAAGUCUGUGUUGGGCAUUGAUGUCAGAUCCUGAAGAAUCACCUGGAAAAUCAUCCUAGAGACAAGGAGCUACAACAAACCAUAGACUACAAGUACUUUGGCAAAUGGGUUGUCCAUUAUCAUGUAUUAUAAUCAAAAUGUUUACUUGAAUAAAGAAAAAAACACACUUAA